AUGGGUACGGGUGGGUACGGGAGUCGAGUCUUCGACUCUUCUUCUUCACUUCUUGCGACUCGCCGCCGUUGUUCUUCCUCUCCACCAGUCCAGGCGGUGCGCCGGCCACUGCUGGUGCGAAGCCGGAAGCUCGAAGCCUCGAACUCCAAGUCUUCUACUCUUCUUCUUGCGAUUUCGGCUAGCCUUGUGAACACGACGACGACGAGGGAGGAAGCGCGAUCCAUCGCCGCCGCCGUGACCGCCGUCUCUCUCGACUCUCGCCGCCGCCAGGUGACUAGGACCAAUAUGGAUUCAUCUCAAUCUCAACAACAAAGUACUAAUAUUGGUAGUAGCACGGGUAGUGGGUCAAUUGGUGGGGAAUCAUUGUCUAGUGAGGGUUCUCCUCCAUUGUGGAGGUUUGUAACAAGAAUUGAAAAACAAGGGGCGGUUGGUGGAACAUGGAAAUAUCGAUGUAAUUUUUGUAAUGAAAACCGAACAUCUAGUUAUUCAAGAGUUAGGGCCCAUUUGCUUCAAAUUAAGGGUCAAGGCAUUACAUGUUGUAAGAAAGUGUCUCGUGCUGAUAAACUUGAAAUGCAAAAACUUGAUGAUGAAUUUGAGAAUAAGAAACUUGAUUCGGGCCCUAGAGAAGUUCCUUUGCCUAGUGAAUCUCUUUCUCAUUUGGACUCCGAUGCUAUGUUCAAGAAAAGGAAGUCUGAAAAAUCACCAAUUACUAGAUGUUUUGGUAUUGAAACUAGGGAUCAAUUGGAUCAAGAGAUUGCAAGGAUGUUUUACACAGGAGGGUUGCCAUUUAAUCUUGCUAGGAAUCCACACUAUAUGAGGUCCUAUACUUUUGCUGCCACUCAUAAUAUAGCAGGUUACAAACCUCCUGGUUACAAUAAGCUUAGAACUACAUUACUUGUGCAAGAAAAAGCUAAUGUAGAGAACCUAAUGAUUCCACUAAAGUCAACUUGGAGAGAAAAAGGGGUGACAAUUGUGACUGAUGGAUGGAGUGAUCCAACAAGAAAACCUCUCAUUAAUUUCAUGGCUACUUCUGGUAAUGGUCCAAUAUUUCUUAAAGCUGUGAAUUGUUUUGGUGAAAUAAAAGAUAAAUAUUUCAUUGCUAAUCUCAUGAAAGAAGUUAUUCAAGAAGUGGGUCAUCAAAAUGUAGUGCAAGUCAUAACUGAUAAUGCAGCAAAUUGCAAAGGGGCUGGGGAGCUAAUUGAGAGUGAGUUUCCUCACAUUUAUUGGACACCAUGUGUUGUUCAUACCCUUAAUCUUGCUUUGAAGAAUAUUUGUGCGGCAAGGAAUGUGAGUAACAAUUCUGAAACUUAUGAAGAAUGUAGUUGGAUCACUGAUAUCCAUGGGGAUGCAAUGGUAAUUAAAAAUUUCAUCAUGAACCACAAUAUGAGAUUGGCUAUCUUCCAAAAGUUUUCUCCUCUUAAGUUGCUUUCCGUGGCCGAUACUCGCUUUGCCUCCAUUAUUGUGAUGCUUAAGAGAUUUAAGCUUAUUAAACGAGGUCUUCAAGCCAUGGUUAUAAGUGAUGAGUGGACUUCUUAUAGAGAAGAAGACAUGGGGAAGGCAAACUUUGUGAAAGACAAGAUUGUGAAUGAUGAUUGGUGGGACAAACUAGCUUACAUUGUUGAUUUCACAAAGCCUAUCUAUGACAUGAUUAGGCUUUGUGACACCGAUAAACCAUGCCUUCACUUAGUGUAUGAGAUGUGGGAUUCUAUGAUUGAACAAGUGAAGCUUGAGAUUUACAAGAAAGAAGGUCGUCCCACUUCGGAGUUUAGUCCCUUUUAUCAUGUGGUUUAUGAAAUCUUGGUUCUAUAG